UCACCUUUUGCGUUUUGACAUUUCGUUAGAGAGUACUAUAUUCUUUGUUUCACAGACUAAAGAAUAAGAUUCAACUUUCAUUUUUAAAGUGAAAUGUAAUAACUACCUACCAGUGAAAAGUUUUCCGUAAUAAUUUCUUGUUCUUUAGUGAAAGCUUUCUGUAGAUUUUAACUAAAUAUCCAAUUAUAUUGUUCAGCUGCUUUUGUGUUAUUGUUGAAGAAGAGCUUUAGAUUAGAUCGUAGUUUUAGUCUUUAUCUUAGUUUUUCAUACAAGUGUUAUCUAUUGUGUAUAGCAUGGAAUCAAAUGUACAUUUAGACUUAAGUGAUGAGGAGGAGGAAAUAACAGCAGAGACCGUCCUCAAAACAUUACAAACUGCAUGGCAAAAUGAACGUCUAGCUCCUGAAAUUCUCCCGCAUCAUAAUGAUAUGGUCGAAUGUAUGUUGGGACAAAUACAACACAUGGAGCGAAAUAUAAAUAAAUUGGCCAAAACGGAUUUACGUGCUUCGAUUCAUAAAAUGGAACUUAAUCGGAUAAAAUUUGUUAUUUGUAAUUAUCUAAAAACUAGGCUAAAUAAAAUAGAAAAAUAUUGCAUACCUAUAUUAAAUGAAGAAAGGCUAAGGCUGGAAACUAGUACAAAUUACCUAACACCAUCAGAAUACAAAUACGCCCAGGACUAUUUAUUAAAUAUUGAGAAUCAUAUUAAGUCUGUUAUAUUAAAUAAAGUGCCUAGUAACAUGCAAGCUCUUGAAAUGAACAAGAUUGCUGAGUAUCCAAAUUUGCAGACACAUGUAUUCUUGAAAGCAAAUGAGAUGGUUAAUGGUGUUGUAUUAGAAGAUCUUACAGGUGAAGAUGAAGAAAUAGAUUUAGAAGAGGGAUCACAACAUAUUUUGCGGUACAAACCAAUAGCGGACCUGGUGAAAAAUGGAAAAGUGCAACUCGUUUGAAAUGAAAUUACACACAAUAUAUAUAAUUUUUCUUUAAUUCAUUCAAAUACAAAAGAUUAUGUAUAAAUUGAUAUUCCUUUUAAGUUCUGACAUUGUCACUCACUACUAGUAUUGCCUAUAAAUAAAUAUAAUUCUUUGCUAA